GCGGGACCAUAAUCAGCCGCGGCUUAACAGGUCUUCAACCUGAUGGUGUUAAAUAGGAUGUGAUUAGGCCUGAUUAGGAUGUUUGUGUUAAAACAACAGGACUCGUGCGUCCUUAUCAACUCUCACCACGGCUGACGUGUCAAAGCUCCUCUGACCUUGUUAGAAACAUUGUGUUUCAGGACAAGCCAAUCUUCCCCUUUGUCGUUCUCUAAUCGUGUUCCAUGCGAGGGGGCUCACACACCAUGGACCACACAGACUCUGAUCGCAUUGGCCUGUGUCGUUGACGUCACACCGUUGUAAAAUUGUGAUUAAAGUGCCAUCUUUAGAGGUCGUUGGCUCUUUUGGUCCACAGUAUGUUCCUGCAAUAGAGGAGGCUGAGUUUCAGGACCGCAUUUCAUCAUUUGAAUACUAGGCUACUUUAUUUUUGUCUGUGUACUUUGCUUUAAAAGUACUUUUAAGGUUUAUUCUGUCCAAAUACGAUUGAAACCGCCGCCCCCUCUAUCGCUGGAACAUCACUGCUCCCGUCGGUGCUGUCUCACAAGAUGGUGUCCUUCGUGACGUCACUUCGCAUUCCCUAUGAACGAGUAGAUUCCAAGGUAACGCACGGAGGAGGCAAGCGGGAGGACACGGCCAGGCACAUACUGUCGCUUUAAUUUCUUUGCAAGGCAAGGGGCAGGUCGUUCCUCUCUCCCCCCCACCCCCUCUGUGCUCGGAGAAGGACGCGUUUUGCGCCACCACCACCACCACCGAUUCGACUGAAUGAACGGGUUGUAAACAUGUCCGUUCGCCAUUGUGGACUUAUUCAGUAUGCAAACGAUUCGCGGAGAGCGUCGUUAAUUUUCAACCUUCCUCCGGGGUUCUUCUUGGGCCGCGUCGGAGCGUUGUAGCGGUUCAACGGUAGCCUGUGAGCCGGGCCUAUUAGAAGCCACCUCCGCCUUGAUGGUAUCUGGGGAGGAGGAGGAGGAGAACAAGAGAGGCGAGGAGGAGAAGACACGGAUGAUAUAGAACUUGGUGGUGGUGGUGGGGGGGAAAGGAAACGGUCAAGAUGGCAGCUGUGGGUGCAGGAGGUGAUGUGUCCAUACUAAUGAAUUAAUCUGAGGCAUGCAUGUCGUCGGAUUGUAACGGAACGCGGCCGGGAUUCUUCCGAGACGAGAGCGACGCGCUGGCUCUGGGAAACGCGAACAUUCCCCCGAAUCCAAAUGGAUUUUCACCAGGGUGUGGGCGAUAUACGCAUGGAAGAUGGUGAUACUUGGUUGAUUUGAAGGACGGAUCCAGCGGACGCUCUGCAGCGGGUUCCGGACAGCCCAUGAGAAUACAAGACGCACGUGUUUUUGCCUUGCGAGAAUAUCUAAGGAGGGCCUAAUUUGCAUAUCGUGCAUAAGUAAUCGCCGUUUUAAAACCCCGUAGAAAUUGACGGGACGCGACUCCCGUGUCUUCGUGUCCCGUGAUUUCAUUGAUCUUGUGCCAAAGCCGAGAUAUCGCAAAUAACAUGGCCGAGGCGUCGCAGGACGAACAAAACCUAAACGUUGAAAUAGACCCAGACUUCGAGCCCCAGAAAAGGCCCCGGUCUUGCACUUGGCCCCUGCCGCGUCCGGAGUCGGGCGCGAGCAAACCGGGUACGAAUGACACUGACGUCAUCCCCGAAGAGGAGGACGACGAGAACGACGCGGAGAAUGGCGCGGCGUAUGGCGCAGCGUCCGAGAAGAACCGCGCCGAGCUCGGGCCAAGGCCGCCGCACGGAGCCUCCUCCCUGCCCGUGGAUGUACGGAGGAGCACCCCGUCCAGCAGCAGGGAGGAAGGGGUGGAGGACGGGUCCCCUUCCUCCUCCUCCAUCCACCCCUCCGCCGCGGCGGCUCACGGCGGCUCUGCCUCCCAGCAGCUGAGGAAGUCUUCCGCCCGGAGGAACGCCUGGGGGAACUACUCGUACGCGGACCUCAUCACGCAGGCCAUCGAGAGCUCCCCGGAGAACCGGCUGACCCUGUCCCAGAUCUACGACUGGAUGGUGAGGUCGGUGCCCUACUUCAAGGACAAAGGAGACAGCAACAGCUCCGCGGGCUGGAAGAACUCCAUCCGCCACAACCUGUCGCUGCACAGCCGCUUCGUCAAGGUGCAGAACGAGGGCACGGGCAAGAGCUCCUGGUGGAUGGUCAACCCCGAGGGCGGCAAGGGGGGCAAGGCGCCGCGCCGCCGCGCCGUCUCCAUGGACAACAGCAAGUACAUCAAGGGCGCCCGGGGGCGGGCCACCAAGAAGAAGGCGUCCCUGAUGGCCGCGCAGGACGGCAGCUCGGAGAGCUCGUCCAGCCUGUCCAAGUGGACGGGCAGCCCCGCGUCGCGCAGCAGCGACGAGCUGGACGCCUGGACCGACUUCCGCUCGCGCACCAACUCCAACGCCAGCACGCUGAGUGGCCGCCUGUCGCCCAUCCUCGCCAACCCGGAGCUGGACGAGGCUCAGGACGACGGCGGCGGUGGCGGCGGAGACUCGGCCCCCCUCUCCCCCAUGCUGUACUCCAGCCCCAGCAGCAUGUCCUCCUCCACGGGGCCCAUGGCGCUCCCCGACCUGGCGGGCACCAUGAACCUCAACGACGGGCUCUCGGACAACCUGAUGGACGACCUCCUGGACAACAUCAGCCUGACGGCCGCCCAGCAGGCGCCCCCCGGCGAGGGCGGCGACGACGACGAUGACGUCGACGACGACGACGACAACGAGGAGGGCGAGGGCGAGGGCGAGGGCGGCGGGGACCGGGGAGACGGGACGCAGGCGGGCUCGGUGUUCCCCUUCGGCUGCCCCGGGGCCGGGCUGGGCAGCCCCUCGGCCAGCUUCGGCGCCCCCUCCCUGUUCAGCCCGCCGUCCAUCGCCAGCCUGCGCCAGUCGCCCAUGCAGACCAUCCAGGAGAACAAGCAGACCACCUUCUCGUGCGGCCCGCUGUUCGGCGACGCGGCACUGCAGGACCUGCUGGGCCUGGAGGCCCACAGCCCCGCCAACGUCAUGCUGACCCAGUCGGACCCGCUCAUGUCCCAGGCCAUGAGCGGCGCCCUGCAGAACUCCCGCCGCAACGCCCUGCUGCUGCGCAAGGACCCCCCGCUGAGCAUCGUGGCCGGCCUCGCCCCCGGCGGCGGCGGCGUCUCCGUGGCGGGUUGGCAAGCGGGCUUGCCGACGCACGCCAACGGCCGGCCGGGGUCGAGCAUGGCCGGGCCCGCCGACGCCAAAGCGCGGCUCCAGAGGUCCCCGGUGAAGUCCGGGUCUCUGCCGCUGGGCGCGGGCGGGCUCCUGCCGCCCCCCCCCCACCGCUUCCCCGCCGACUUGGACCUGGACGUGUUCAACGGCGACCUGGAGUGCGACAUGGACGCCAUCAUCCGCAACGAGCUGAUGGACGCCGACUGCCUGGACCUGAGCUUCGAGUCGCACCUCGCCACGGCCCAGAACACGGAGAGAAACGGCGGGGGUUUCUCGGGCUCCACGAAGACCUCCCCGCAGAGCUGGGUCCCCGGCUGAGGGGGUGUGGGUGGGUGGAGGGAGGGAGGAGGAGAGGUGCUGGGGGCAGUACAUGUAGAAUUGGGGACAUGUGCCGUGUUCCGAUAUCCAUACUUCCAUGAGUACACUUAAACGAAGUACACAAUCCGCACUCACUGAGUGGGCUAAUUUUCAGAUAUCAGUGUUGUUCCAAAUCGAAUACUCCGUGGUGCAGUAACCGGAAAUUACGAUCACGACUGCCGCCGUGGCUCCUCCCCCGCAAUAAACAUCCCGCUUUUAACGGUGAACUCUUUACGCCUAGCUGCUAUAAAAAGCUAUAAAAACUACAAAAUGACUCUAAUAAUGCAGGCUAUGUGGAAAAUGCGUCGACUUUCGCUCAGCCUGGCUCCGCCUUCUUCCGCUACGUAGCUAAGAUGGCUGCCGUUGAGUACGAAAUGUGUACGGCGAUCCACACUUUGCGAUUUGACCGUUUUGAGUGCACCAUCCGGUUCCUUCCAGUACUUAUUUUCGCCCGAUCUGAAUCGGAACGCACUACGUACUCAAAUUUAGGCUAGUAAGUACGGAUAGUAUGGAUAUUGGAACACGGCAAUGUUCUUGCGUUAAACUACCUAGAAGCUAAAAUCGAAAUGCGUGAAAGUGUACUCGUGCGAUUUGUUUUCCGUUGUCUUUUUAUUCUUUUUUUCUAACGUAAGGCAUUGUACUCGGUACUGUAUUAACUUUAGUGUCAAAAGACUCUGACGGCUGUCUUUGCGGUG